AUGACUGGAACCCAGGAACAGAAGCAACCUGAUGGCUCAUUCAAUCCACCACUUCCUCCGCCUAUUUCAGCGAAUUCUUUUUCCGCCGACACUAAUGCUGAAAUAGCAUCUAAUAUUGCAAUACGCAUUCCACCAGGCUCAAUUUCAUCCUAUGUACGUGCUAUAUUACAGGCAUCCAGUGAAGAGCUUGCAGCAUUGUCUAAACUUGCGGACAAAGUAAUGGAAAUUGACGUCACACGAGCAAUAAUAGGAGCUGAUUUUAUUCGUAAGAUUGGACUACUCAUCGAUCUUAAAGGUAACCGUUUAAUUGACAGCACAACUCAACUUAAAGUUAAAGCGAAUACAACACCAGUGAACGCCACAGAGGUAACUAUAAAAUCAUUCGUUACUACUCAACCGUUUGCCCAUAUUUUGGCAGAUUUCCAAGAGCUUGUUCAUAUGAAUAGGAAUCCGAGUAACACCACAGGAAUCACGCCUCACAUCGAAACUACAGGUGCACCAGUGUUUGCUCGUCCACGUCGCCUCGAUGUAAUUGGUCCAGCCCUUUACAUAUGGUUAAGAAAGCAAAGCAUUUGUGGCGAUUACCGUGCUUUAAAUGCAAAUACAAAACCUGAUCGAUAUCCUAUACCUAUCCAGGAUUUUUCCAACAUAUUGCACGGCCGAAAAGUGCUCUCUAAGAUUGAUUUGCAAAAAGCUUUCCAUCAAAUACCUGUCGAACCUUCAGAUAUUCCGAAGACUGCAAUAACAACUCCAUUCGGAUUAAUCGAGUUCCAUUUUAUGACGAAUGGACUCUGCAAUGCAGCGCAAACUUUCCAGCGGGACAUUCAUCAAGUUCUUCGUGGAUUCGAAUCCUUUACGUUUCCAUACAUGGCCGAUAUUUGCGUUGCAUCGUUUUCAUAA